AUGAAGCCGAUCCUCGUAGCCUUUGUCGCGUUACUCCCUCCCGGCGCGUCGGCGCAGACUACCUUUGCCAACAAGCCCGACCUGCAGACCGCGGCCGACCUGUGUGUCGACUCGUGGUGCGAGAAUAACGGCGGCGGCGGCUCCACGAGCACGACCGGCAAGAGCACGUGCAACCCCGACAUUGGGUCGUGGGUCACGUCGGCAGUCACCACCAUGCUCGCCAUGUUCCACGGCGCCUCCUCCUUCGACCAGGACAUCUCCUCGUGGGACACGUCGUCGGUCCUCGGCAUUACCGGCAUGUUCGACGGCGCCACCUCCUUCGACAAGGACAUCUCAUCGUGGGACGUGUCGGCGGCCCUCGACAUGGCACACAUGUUCCUCGGCGCCACCUCCCUCAGCGACUGCAACAAGGCGCUCAUCCACGCCAGCUUCGACGCACAGACGAGCGCGUGGCCCUACUCGUGGGGCUCGCUUGCGUGCCCUCCCUCGCCGCCGGCCUCGCCGCCCUCGCCGCCCUCGCCGCCCUCGCCGCCCUCGCCGCCCUCGCCGCCAACCUCGCCGCCAUCACCUCCGCCGCCGCCCACCGCCCCGCCCUCCGCCCCGCCCACGCCGCCGCCGCCAACGUCGCCUUCACCUGACGUGGACCCGCCGUGCUUCCCGAGCUCUGCGACGGUGCAGCGCGCCAACGGCGAGACCGCCCUCCUCUCCUCCCUCUCCGCCGGCGACUCGAUCCUCGCUGCUGCGGCCGACGGCACCCUCGCUUUCGAUGGCGUGUAUAGAGUGUUCAUCUGCACCCUCGGCUUCGACGUCGUCUCCUCCUUCUCGCUGGCCAACCCGUCCGCCAAGGCGGCAUUCCUCUCGCUCGCCACCGCGACGGCGACGGUCACGCUCACCUCGGUGCACAAGCUGCCCGCCGGCCCGGCAAAGGCGCUCAAGCAGGCGUCCGAGGUUGCCGUCGGCGAGACGGUCUGGAUCGCGUCGCCAGCCGCGGGCACGCUCGCGCCCGUCCUCGGGAUCGCCUCGGUCGAGGCCGAAGGGCUGCACAGCCCGCUCACCAAGCACGGCGGCUGGCCAAUCGUCGACGGCGUCGCGACCUCGUACAACAGUGUCUUUGCGCUGCAGCUGGCCGCAACCUCGCUCUACAUUGUCGUCUACGCGGCGGGCGCCAGCGCACAGCGGAGAGAGAGGAGACGCAAGCACGAUCGGCUGCUGCGAGAGGCGCCCGAGGACGCGGAUCGGCUCGCAGUUUCGUUGCUGGACGUGAAGGCGCUGCGGGCCGUGCCAUUUCGGCUCGACCACCCACUCAACCUGCUGCUGCACCUCCUCCUCGCGACUGCACUGCCGAUGCUCUGCGAGGUGGUCGAGGCGGCAAUCUACCCGGACGGCGGCGAAGGGCGGUUUGAGCUAGUUGAGGCCGUCAACUGCCUCCGGCUGCUGCUCCUCGUCUCGUUUGACUCCGCCAUCUGCACGCUGUCUCGCAACCUCGCCGUCCCGCACCUCCUCUCCUUUGUGGUGGCCAAGAUGUCGGUGCUCCUCCUCAGCAUCCAUGUCGCCGCCUGCCUCUUCUGGUCCCUCUCCCGCGCCAACCAUUUCGACCCGGCCGCCACGUGGGUCGGGGCUCACGCGCCGGACCUCGAGGCCGCGCCCAAGGCCAGCCAGUACUUGGCCAGCCUCUACUGGUCCACCAUCACGGCGUCGACCGUUGUGUACGGCGACUUCUAUCCCGUCGGCGAGGCCGAACAGGCGCUGACGGUCAUCUUCGUGCUGGUCAACAUCUGGCUACUCGCGGGCAUCGUCGGCGGCAUCUCCGCGCUGGCGUCGAUGUCCGACACCGACAUGGCCGAGAGCCGGCACACGAUCAGCUCGUUCGAGCGCCUACUCUCGGAGGAGCGCGCCCCCGCCGCCGCCGGACACUUGAAUGCCGAGGGCUUCUGCCCGGAGCGCAUCUCUCCGGACGUCGUCCUCGCCACGCGCGAGUACCUCCGCCUCUCCCUUGAAUCUGCUCGCGCCAACGUGGACUCUCUGCCCGCGUCCGUCCGCCUGUCGAUCCGGACGCAGCGCUUCGGCGACGCGCUCGCCUCGCAGCCGCUGCUGCGAGGAUUGUCUCGCCGCUUCGUCGCCGACUGCGUGGACCGGGUGGCGGAGGACGCCUUUGUGUCUGGCAUGACCAUCCUACGCGCCGAGGAUAUCCCGAACCGCCUCUGCAUCAUCCUCGAGGGCAGCGCGCAGCUGCAGGUGGCGGGCGGUGCGGAGGGGCGGCUCGAGACCGUCGCCGUGCUGCGGCCCGGCGCCGCCUUUGGAGCGGGAGGCUUCCUCUGCUCGGCGCGGCAGCCGUGGGAGGAUCUGCACAAGCUUCGCCGCAACCUGCAGCGCUCGAUCGAGCAGCUGAGCGUGGCCGCGGAGGAGGCGGCGGCGGCACAUGCGGGCAGCGGCGCCGUCUCUCCGCCUGACGACGUCGCUCCGCCAGCAGCCACGCGCCAGGCGCCGACCAAGGUGCGAGCGCUCCGCAUGGCGCUCGAGCCCACGGCGCGCGUCUCGGCGGAGGCGGCGCGGCAGUUCGCCGCGGCGGCGCGCGUCCUUCUCGACGAUCUCGGCCGCGACUCGGCGCGCGCGGAAGAGGCGCUCUCCGCUCUGGUCUGCCACCUGUCUUCGAUCGGGGACGACGUGGAGCUCUCCCGGGUCCUUGAUUUGGUGCCCAUCUCCGACAUCCCCACGGACUAUGACGGCCGCGCGGGCCUCCAUCUCGCCGCGGCGAACGGGCAGGACGCGUGCGUCCGCGCGCUGGUGCGGUGCGGCGCGCAGGUCAACAUCAUCGACCGCUUCGGGCGCACGCCUCUGGCGGAGGCGGCGCGCGGUCAGAGGUACGAGACGGGUGCGGUGCUCAACUCCCGGGACGGCACGGCGGCGCUGCUGGUCGAGCACGGCGGGCGGCUGAUGCUGUCCGAGCGCGCAACCGCGACGAAGCUGUGCGACGCGGCGAGCAGCUCCGACCACAACCUCAUCCGGUCGUACCUCCGGGCGGGCGCCAACCCGGACGCCGCCGACUACGACAGGCGCACCGCCCUCAUGCUGGCCGCGGCGGGCGGCGAGUAUGGCAUCUGCCGCAUGCUCAUCGAGCACGGGGCCGACGUGCGUGCGCAGGACCGCUGGGGGCACACCGCACUCGACGAGGCCAAGGCCAACCGGCAUUUGGGCGCACUGUGCGAGCUGCUCGCGUGGCGAGAGUGAGUCGCUUCACUGGCGCGACCGAUUUCGGUGGUUUUCAAUUCCAACACGCAACGGCGGCCCGCGUGGUGU